UUCAAUGCAAGCAUUUUAAAGCGUACAUAUAACGAAGAAACACCAAAAGGCAGCAUGUCUUUCGGUUUGGAAGGACUGAAUGUGAAUCAGAUGACAUCAGCAGCGAGUGCUCUCAGUACAGACGCCUCUAAAUAUGUGAACGAUGCAAGCCUUGAAAUGCAGUGGGCUAUGAAAGCAUACCAUCAUGCAGAAACAUAUUUCAAUCUGUUGUGUUCUGUUGACUCCUCGCUGCUGAAACUGACAAACAAAGAUGAUGAGAUUUACAAAAACUUUCGGCAGGCUUUCCCAAACAUGGCUAUUGAUGUCCUUAAGGAAGAUGAACUCAAGACAACUGAUGCAAAAUCUACAUGGCGCCCAUUUGUACAGAGCUAUGAAGGUGAAGUAGAGGAUUACAACUUUGGAACACUUGUACGCAAAGAUUGUACUGGGGAUAUCUCUGAUGACAACACAGUUCUGGUUUUAAGAAUCCAGUUUCUGGCCAUAGAGAUAGCAAGGAAUCGUGAAGGUCUAAAUGCUGCUGUAAAGGAAAAGGUGAAGAAACAGAAAGAAGAAUCAAGUUCAUAGCAUCAAGCAUACAUUUUGUCCUGAAUAGGGGUUGGGGGUUAUAUCUGUAUUUUAGAAAUAUACAAAUUAUUUUAAUGCAAACUUGUUUCAAUGUUGGUUGAUCUAAGUAUAAACAUUGCCGGACUGAGCUACCGACAAAUUGGAAAAUCAAGAUAACUGUCGCUGUAUGAGACAUUAACUUCUUCGGAAAUGUGCAUGUGAGCUGAAAAUCAGGUCCAGCGAGUGAGAAACACUAUCGGAGGCAGAUUAGUAAUGCUGUGUAUAUGGUUGUCUGAAUCAGCAUAUCCUGCACUUUAAAACAUGUUCACUUUGUGGUUCAAGACAUGUUGUUGGUAGGCUCCAUUUGGUAUUAUAAUUGCUGGAUGGAUUAACGCUUCAAAUGGAUUUUUUUCAGUCCCUGUCGUAAACUUAAGUUUUGCCCUAGAUUUAAAGAUUCUUUCCUAAAUCAAAGAUUCAUCUCACAGCUUCAUUAGUUACAGGCUAUAAAGAUUGUAAAUCAUGUUUUGACUUACUACAUGUAUUUUAACUACAUUUGACUAAUUGUGUUACUAUGUAAGUUCAAUACCAAGGCCAAGAAGUAUUAUGCAAGAAGAUUGCCAGUCAGACUUUGGGUUGGAAAGUAAUGUCAAACAAUUGAAUAACAAGUUGUUAACACAAUGGUUUAAGUUGUUCGAGAAAUGUAGUUGAUCAUGAAGUUAGUAUCACUAUCAGAUUGUUACUUACAAUGUACGUUAUUUUAUGGUUUAAGCAACACGCUUUGAUAGCGUGUCCUUCUAUUUUUAUUUUGAAUGAGAUAUAUUGACCUUACUGCUAUAUGCUUUGAUAUUAAAAACCAUGUACAGUU